AUUUCCGGUGUUGCGUGAACUGUUUGUAGCGUGAAUUCAUCUCCCAAGCCAGCAUCAACAUGAAGCUGUUCGUCGCCAUCGCUUUUGCCCUGCUGGCCAUCGUUGCCGCUCAGGAGCAGUACACCACCAAGUACGAUGGUAUCGAUCUUGACGAGAUCCUGAAGUCGGACCGACUGUUCAACAACUACUUCAAGUGCCUGAUGGAUGAGGGCCGCUGCACCCCGGACGGUAACGAGCUGAAGAAAAUCCUGCCGGAAGCGCUGCAGACCAACUGUGAAAAGUGCAGCGAGAAGCAGCGUGCCGGUGCGAUUCGGGUGAUCAACUAUGUGAUCGAGAACCGCAAGGAGCAGUGGGAUGCGCUGCAGAAGAAGUACGACCCGGAGAACCUGUACAUCGAGAAGUACCGCGAGGAGGCCAAGAAGGAAGGCAUCAAUCUGGAAUAAGUGUGUUAACUGGCGUUCUGUAGACAGUGAAGCUCUUCUUCCCCCCUAAAUGUGAUAUUCUCUGUUGAUCAUAAUGGUUCGUUUUGAAUAAAUGUGAUAACCCU